GCUUUGCAUCUACAUGUCUAUCAACAUUUUGCUCGAGAACCUUGGAAUCCACUUGCGCUGGUAUAACUCCAAACAGUAUUGCGUAGUUAUUGCGUAGACAUUGCGUGUACAGUGAAGAUCUUCAAGUUGGUGAACUAUAGAAUUAGGUGAGAUGUUCUCUCAAAUUUUCUUGAGAUUUCGCUUUCUGAGAAGACGAUACUGAAAGCUCUCGGCGACAAGUGAAAUUAACGUUUUUUCAUCGAGAAAUUUCGAGCCAUCCGCGCUUACAUGAGCGAACACUUACCUUCCGUAUUGCAGCCCAAAUUCUCCGAAAAGUGCGACCUAAGAUAGAACUUCAUACUAACGAAAACAUGCAGCUCGCAUCGGUCUACGCCUAUUAGCGCCACCACUUUCAAAAAUCUCAUUUUGAUAUCCAUUCUGGAAGAUAUCACAAGCGUCGGGUAGCUUCAAUGUUAUCGACAUCAAGGGUUCUAAUCAGUUGUAAAUGAAUCGAUAUUUCAUUAUGCACACCCCGAGCCUUCUCACUGCAUUAUUGAAAAUACCACCUACUGAAUGCUAUUUAUUUUUGGCUCGAUGGAGCUCAGGAAAGGGUCUACUUUGUGGGAGGGGGUGAACGACGCAGUGUGCGAUUGCGAGAUACCACCUUCUGCCUUUCCAAGUGCGGAUAUGCAGAUGAAAGAUGAAGAUAUCGUCGUAGUUUCCGAGGUUCUACUCAUCUUCACAAGGAAAAAAUGGGCAUUGACUGUGUUAUCGGUGAGCUCUCAGAAAGCAGGUACAUCCAGUCAAUAGUAUAAAGAGUCUGAAUGAUGGUGUUGUCUUCAGCUUCUAAAUCAACCAGCUCUUUUUCUCUCUUCUCCCGGGUCUUGUCGAAACCCCCUUAUAUUCAUUAUGAAGAAUUCCUUCUUUAGUUCAUUGGCAAAAUUUGCCUCACUUUCUUUAGCUUUGGCAUUGCCAACAGCAGAAGUUAUCCCAUCCGCUCUGGAAGAACGCCAAAGUUGUGCCAAUACUGCAACAACCAGAAGUUGUUGGGGACAGUAUUCUGCAUCUACGAACUCUUACACCACUGUCCCAAAAACAGGUGUAACUAGAGAGUAUUGGCUGGUUGUCCAAAACACAACUCUCAGUGCUGAUGGAGUUUCUCGACCGACUCUUAACUUCAAUGGUACCAUCCCAGGACCUCAGAUUACGGCUGACUGGGGUGAUGAUGUUAUCGUCCACGUCACGAAUAAACUCACUAGUAACGGAACAUCUAUUCACUGGCAUGGUAUCAGACAGUUGAAUAACGCUCAGUACGACGGAGUUCCAGGUAUCACACAAUGUCCAAUUGCUCCCGGAGGCACUCUCACAUACAAAUUUCAUGCGGACAACUAUGGUAGCUCCUGGUACCACUCCCAUUUUAUCCUUCAAUACGGUGAUGGACUCUUCGGUCCUCUUGUUAUUAACGGCCCUGCAACCGCCAACUACGAUGUUGAUCUUGGUAUGUUGUUCUUGAAUGACUGGAACCACGUACCUGUUCAAUCACUCUGGGAUAAAGCAAAGACUGGAGCACCACCAACGCUCUUGACUGGUCUUAUGAACGGUACCAACACAUAUAAUGGAGCUGGCAAAAAGUUUCAAACUACUUUUACACCAGGCUUGAAGUACCGCAUCAGAGUGGUCAACACAGCUGUUGAUGGUCAUUUCCAAUUCUCUAUUGAUGGCCACAGCUUUCAAGUCAUAGCAAUGGACUUUGUACCAAUUGUUCCAUACAAUGCUACCAGUAUUCUAGUAAGCAUCGCUCAACGUUACGAUAUCAUCGUUACAGCCAAUGCUGCAGUUGGCAACUACUGGAUCAGAGCAGGAUGGCAAACAGCAUGUUCCGGUAACACUAACGCUGCCAACAUUACUGGUAUCCUUAGAUACACCGGUUCUAGCUCUACAGCUGAUCCAACGACGACCUCUACCGUAACAGCAAGUACUAGUUGUUUGGAUGAACCAUUGGCAAGUCUUGUUCCAUUUGUACCAAUCAAUCCAGUUGCUAGUUCUAUCAUGAAGACAACGUUGACUACUGGCGGUGGUCAAUGGUUGUUUAAUGGAAGUUCUUUACUUCUAAACUGGACCGACCCAACUCUUCUUACUGUCCUGAACAGCGGAAACAUUUGGCCAACCGAAUAUAAUGUCAUUCCUAUUGAGUCCACUACGGCGAACAAAGGAUGGGCCGUUCUCGCAAUCUCAGGACCCAACGGUCCUAAUCACCCUAUCCAUCUCCACGGUCACGAUUUCUGGACUCUAUCCCAAGGCACCGGAGCCUACACUGCUACUACCGCGCUCAAUCUUGUGAAUCCACCCCGUCGUGACGUGAUGACACUUCCCACCGGCGGACAUCUUGUUAUCGCUUUCCAAAUCGAUAACCCCGGUUCUUGGCUGAUGCACUGCCAUAUUGCAUGGCACGCAUCUGAGGGUUUGGCUUUACAAUUUGUCGAGAGCGAGAGUAGUAUUUUACCAACGAUUGGAACAGCUGAUGUGUCUACUUUCCAAAACACUUGUGCAGCAUGGAAGGCUUGGACUCCAACCGAGCCUUUCCCACAAGAUGACUCUGGAAUAUAAACUUUCUUCUGGAAAUGAAAGAUCUUGGGGCGCGGGGCUACGUAACGUGGGUGGCGGAGGGCUACAGAGGGGCAGCGCAACGAUUCAUCUUCGGGUCGUGGGGGCAGAGGAUGAGCCUUAAUCCAUACAAAGUUGAUAUGGAAUUUCCUUGGUACAGGAGAUGACUGGUGAGACAAUAUACGAACGCUCUCUAGGAUUUCUACGUCUAUGCGUUUUGCUUUACUAUGCUAUUUGUUGUGUCAAUUCUCUUCUCGUUUUCUUCUCCGCUGAAGGACCUCUUGGUUUGAUUUUUUGUGGGUCGCACGACUUGUGUGCUGACUCUCCUUCGAAAAUGGGCUGUCGGUGAUGAGUAUCAUGCUUGUAUAUAGUUCAGUUCUUGAUUUGUGAAUAGACAUUACUUUGUCCGGAAAGCUGCUCCUGCGCUGUUUUGUGGAUGAAUUCGGACCUCUGACUCCUUGGCUCCAUGUAUCCCAUAUUACUCUGAAUUAUUGAAACACA